CCACUCAAGAUGAAGCUGAUCAUACUCGCAUAUCUACUCGCGCUUUCAUCUGGUGAAGAAGAGAAAAAAAGGAAUAUUAAAGUGGAGUGCAUAAAUGAAUCGGGAGUUCACCCGUCUGUCGUCGAAAACGCCUACGAAAACAACAUUAUUGAUGAUCCGAAGCUGAAGUUGUUCUUUAAGUGUGUCAUGUUCGCACAGCGCUUCCUAGAUGACACGAAUCACGUAGAUCUGACAGGUUUGAGAAGAUACUGCGAGAAUCACGGACAUAACUGCGACUAUAUCAAUAAGUGUUCAAGGAUAAAAGGAGAAACUGUGAUCGAGACGGCUUACCUUGUCUCUUGUUGUUUGAUCCAAGAAAUAUCAAAAAAAGAGCUCAACGACAUAAACGACGAAUUGCAUUUUUUCAAAAAGAGAGCUCAAUUACAAAAACGACUAAUUGCCUCUUUUUAGGAGCCUAAUGAGUUGGGAAAAAAUUGAUAACUAAUUGAACACCGAAAGAAACAGUUAGGUAUAAUAUGCAAUAGUAAAAGUUUAUGUCAAUAAUUAAUUAUAUGAAUUCUACGUCUUUAACUGCAAAAAUAUUUCUGGCAAAUAAAUAUACAUUAAAUUUGAAA